AUGAAUAUAGAUAAUGUAUAUAUUUAUGGACAUCUGCAGUUCCUAUUCUAACAAUAAUAAUAAUAUACAGUAUAAAAAACUAAUAUUAAAAAAGGAAACGAUCUUUAUAAAUAUUAUUCAUAACAAGUACAUUUGGCUAUACGUUUGCAUGUGGAUAUUAUCAACUUAAUGUAAAUAUCUAAAGUUUACAAAAUAAUUACAAAAUAAUCGAAUAUAUAUUAUUUAUAUUAUUAUUUUAAUGCAUAGUGGAUUAAUUAAACAAAUAUUUUGAAUUCUGGUUCAGAAAUAUAAUAUUAAUAUUGA